UCUUCUUAUCAGUGCGGUGGAGACAGCACGGGAGGGGAUCAGUCGGAGAGUGGACGGAGAGUUAUCAACUGUGACAGUGGAGAUGGGGAAAGAGGAAAAGGGGAAACAGAGAGAGAAGAGAAGAGGAGUCAACUAAAGGGGUAGACAGACCCGGUUAUUCCCAACGUUCAACAAAUUGAAAGAGGCGAAUGGCACUGUGAGUGAGUACAAGUAGGGGAAGCGAGCAAUCAGAAAGUCCACCAACUAAGAGUACGUCUCUCUGGAGUGCCUGUGUCUGGAACUGGGUGGAACCAUCGCCAGGGAGGCUCCACUUCCACCCCCACAGCUACGAUGUACAGUGGAUAUGGAGGGAGUCCUUCCCGAGCUCUCUCCACCAUGUCGCUGUCCGCUCGCCCAGUCAGACGCCUCACCUCCAGGUCCAUCAGUAGGAGCCAGAGUUUCACGGGAGUCAACACCUACGAUAAACCCUACAGAGAAAACUGGUGUUGCAGGAACCUAUCGGUGUUCAGCACCCCAGGUCUAAGCAGGAAGCCCAGCAGAGCCAGCAGGAUGUUCACCAUGUCCGCCAAGUCCAACCCACCACCUAAGGUCCCUCAACCAGAGCGACUGGAUCAGGUCUACGAGGCGCUGAAGAAAGGCCUGCAGUCUUACCUGCAGGUUUAUCAGAUGGACCUGGACAGUCUGAGCAGACAGAUGAAAGAAUCAAAGAGGAACUCCAGACUGGGUUUCCUGUACGAGCUGGACAAGCAAGUGAAGGUGACUGAGAGGUAUAUAAGACGACUGGAGUUUCACCUCAGCAAGAUUGAUGAGCUGUAUGAAGCCUACUGCCUGCAGAGGAGACUCAGGGAUGGAGCCAACAAGAUGGUGAAGGCGUACACUGCCUCUCCAGGCAGCAAGGAGGCGAGGGAAAGUUUGACAGAAGCCAACAAAGGAUACAAAGAGUACACAGAGAACAUGUGUGUGCUGGAGAGUGAGCUGGAGAACCAGCUGGGGGAAUUCCACAUUAAGAUGAAAGGUCUGGCUGGAUUUGCUCGGUUGUGCGCUGGUGACCAGUAUGAGAUCUUUAUGAGGUAUGGUCGGCAGCGGUGGAAGCUUCGAGGCAGGAUAGAGAUCAAUGCCAAACAGGUGUGGGACAGUGAGGAGAUGGUGUUUCUGCCGCUCAUCAACGACUUCCUCUCUGUGAAGGUGACGGAGCUGAAGAGCUUGGCAAAUCACGUGGUGGUGGGGUGCGUUUCCUGCGAGACUAAGGACCUGUUUGCCGCACUGCCCCAGACGGUGGCCGUGGAUAUUAAUGACCUCGGGACUAUUAAGCUAAGCCUUGAAGUCACCUGGAAUCCAUUUGAUAAAGAUGAUCAGGGGUCGGUGGCGAGCAGUGUCAACAAAGCCCCCACCGUCAGCAAGAGGUUCUCGACAAUCUUCAACCAGAGUCCACCGGACACGCCGUCCUUACGUGAACAAGCCUUCUACAACAUGCUGCGUCGUCAUGAGGAGUUAGAGAACGGAACGGCGUGGUCUAAUUCCUCCGAAUCGUCGGACGACUCCUCUAGCCCUCAGCUGUCUGUAGGGGGGCUGCGUUACUCCGCACAUCAAAAGGCAAUGUUGGUGACUCCAGACAUUCAGCCAGCUGUAACAGGAAGUUCCUCCCCACAACCCAACGUCUCAUUUUGCCUAAGAGACUCCUCCUCCCAAGCUCCAAACCCCCCCAACACGAUCUGCUCCGUCGGCGAGGCUCCCGACACCGCCCAACACCAAGCAGACGGCAACAGAGGAGAGCAGGAGGGGACAGUCAAUGCGAUCCAACAACCUGUCGUUGAGGAAGAGAACGCAGGGGAACAGUGUCCCGCAGCAACGGCGGAUGGGGCGGUGACCAACAGCCACACCUCGCGCAGAUACUCGCGCUCCCUGAGCCACAUUAGUGAAAGCAGCGCUGACGGUGUCGUGUUAACGGACAGGUCAGCCGGCGAAUCGGGGGAGGAGAUGUCUUUGGCCUCGGGAAUCUCCAUCAAUGACAUUGAAAUGGAGCUGCCCCGCAGAACCCCCGAGCUGCCCGGCUCCACUGCCACGGACACUGACGUGUCACCAAGGAGGCUCGGUGUCGUCGAAGAAAACACAACAGCUGAUGACGUCACAGAUCAACACGAAACUUCCUCCUCCGCCAGGUCCGAAGGAAUGAACUCUAGCCCCCCACCACAAAUGAACACACUUCCACACCCGGAGUGCGACCCCCUCCCAGAGGGCGGCGAAGAGACGUAUGUGGCCCGGCGGGUGUCGGUGGAGGAGGAGAUGUCAGGCGCGGUUGCCGAUGGUCCGUCCAGAGAGGGUGACGGUCCAGUGGACUCCGGGCUGGAGGAUGCCCUGGGAGCUGUAAUCUCCUCUCUGGAUGAUUACAGAGGACAGUUCCCCGAGUUGCAGUUCCUGGAACAAGAGCUGAAGCUGCUGCAGGUGACACUGAAGGGCGGUAGGCACAGCCGUUCACCCAGCGUGGUCAGCCUCACAGUGGAAACAGCUCUGGGCAGCUUUGAUUUCCUCAACACGUCGGACUGCGAGGAGGAUGAGGAGGAAAAGGGCGACAGGAGGAACAGGAAUGUCAGGUCUCUGCAGGACAGAGGCUGGGACAGCCCCUCCUCCUCCCACAUGUCCCCCCUCACGACAGGCUGCUCCACCCUGGACUGCUCCCUGGUGGUCCACCUGAAGAACUGCAGCGCACAGUUGCUGUGUCUGGGGAUGUUUGGGCCCCUGCGCUGUGGAGAGAUGUACGCCUUAGACAGACUGCUGAGGGAGGCUCGAGUGCUCGAGAUCAUGCGACGCAUCACCAAGGACAACCCGAGACGCCCCAGACAGCCUGCCGAAGUGAUACCUCAACUGGGCCUGUGCCUGGGUGCCGUGUCACUAUGGCAACAGUGUGUGGGGCAGGGCAGUGUGUACAGCGUCUCUGCCGAAAACCUCCUGGUCACUCUGUCUACAGCUUACUCCAUCGCGCUGCCAGAGAGGGGCAGCAGCAUGGCCGACAAAGUGUUCCUGUGUCUGGUUGAGCGAGUGCUGGAUCAGAGGUUACCACGGCGGGGGAGCAACGAUGUGACGGUGACACUGUUCCAGCUGUGGAGUUACUUAGAGGCGAAUGGCAUCAGCGACAUGGAAACACACAUCACUGAGCUGGCAGAAGAGGUGUGGCUGGUACAGAGGCUGUCGUCGUGUGACCAGGACGUGAUCGUCCACACGCUGCGGCGUCCCGCCGAGUGCAGCCUGAGGAGAGAAGGACUCCACGCCGUGGCCAAGUUGCUGAGAGACCCACGGGGCAAAGUGUCGGCCUCCGCCAGCUCUGUGCUGAGGAGCUUGGCAGCCCAGCCCCGACCACGGGAGCAGGCCUUGGUCAGCUGUCUGGAGCUGCUGGAGGACGAAAACGUGGAAACCAGAGUGUGUGGAUGCAAGGCCUUGGCUUGUCUCAAGGCCAAAGAAAGCAUCGACCAGUUGGUGUAUCUGUGUCGGACGGACAAGGAGGAAGUCCGAGAUGCUGCCAAACAGACGCUGCUAGUGCUCGGGGAGGAGGGGAAGAUGGCCCACAGACAUGUGGAGACGUCUCAGGACAGCAUUCCCAGACUCUUCGCUCCUGGAAGCAUGGCCAGCACAGCGUUCUAACAAAACACACACACACACACACACACACAGUAUGCAGUAUGCUGCUCCUCUACCCCAUUACUAACACAAAAACAUGCAAAAAGAAAUAUAAUAUAUGAUAUACAGUACAUACACUGUCAGAGGGGGGCGGUCAUAUUCACACCAGUGACAGCACCUCUGCCAUAACACUGGGCAAACUUUUAAAGUCAGUAAGCUACAAACACAACACUUUUUUUUAUCAGCCUGUGAUAACUGUGCUGAGUUACAGUGCCACUGUAAAGAAAAAUGCAUAAUGUGAGCGAUUAUCACUGGAAGGAUGGAGGAGGGAGUAGUAGAAGGACGAAAUUGGAUAAGUGGGCAGGGAGGAAACAAGUCAGAUUAUCGGAAAGACUACUUGCCACAGCAGUCGUGUCCUUGGCCCAGACAUAUAUAUAUAUAUAUAUAUA